UGAGUUGAGUUUUCUUUCGUCAUCAUCAACGAUCUGUCAUUCGGUCAAUUGUUAUCUUGGUUUAUAUUCCAAAAAUACAUUUUUAAACGCAAAAGUGCUUUUUCCUUUGUGUUUCUUAUAUAUCUGAAAUCAAAAAGUGGCGUGAAUAAAUCGAGACCAAUGUCGAAAUUCGAAGAUAAUCCGUUUAGUGAUCCAACCAUAGACAACCCCUUUUCUGAUCCUGCUGUGCAGCAAGUAGCAAGAAAUACUAACAAUGCUACACAAGGUCUCGAUGACUACAAUCCCUUCGAUGGCAAUCAAAAUGCAAAUCAAGCUACGGCUCCACAGCAACCCACACAGCCGGCUAUCAUGCAAGCAGUGUCACCUCCAAGCAGCCAAUAUCAAAGGCCUGCACAACCACAACAGCAAACACAAGGCGCCCCCGCUAAUUUCACAACUGCAGAUUUUCAGAGGAGACAAGAGGAAUUAGAGCGGAAAGCGGAGGAGCUUGCGCGGCGUGAAGCUGAACUCCGCGCUGGUUCCGCCGGCCGCCGCAACAACUGGCCCCCUUUGCCCGCGUUCUGCCCUGUUCAGCCUUGCUUCUACCAAGAUAUCAAUGUAGACAUACCACUGGAGUUCCAGAGGAUCGUUCGUCAUUUGUAUCACUUGUGGAUGUUCCACGCGCUCGUCCUUUCACUGAACAUUAUUGGCGCUAUGUCAAUCAUGUUCUCCGGCCAGGGGGUCACUCCCUUUGGCCUCUCCAUCCUAUAUUUCUUGCUGCUCACACCGUUCAGCUUCAUCUGCUGGUACCGGCCCAUCUACAAGGCGUUCAGAAGUGACUCGUCCUUCAAUUUCAUGGUGUUCUUCUUCAUAUUCCUGUUUCAAAUUAUCAUAACGAUUGUCCAGUCAAUUGGAUUCAGUGGUGGAGGCUUUUGUGGACUGAUUACGAGUAUUACUGCAUUUGAAAAAAAUGUAGCAGUUGGAGUGAUUACAAUGCUGGUCACCAUUGGAUUCAUCACGUGUGUUGUAAUUGACGUUAUGCUUAUGGCCAAGGUGCACCGGAUCUACCGGUCAACGGGUGCGUCGUUGGCCAAAGCACAAGCUGAGUUCACGACAGAGAUUUUGCGCAACCAGCACGUGCAGACGGCCGCCUCCAACGCGGCCGCCGCCGCUGUCAAUGCGCAGAUCGCGAAUGCCAACAGAUAUUAGGAGAUAUGAUUGGAAAGAGCAAAUGGAAAGGCCUUUCAUCAGGAAAAACAUUCAACAAUCAAGAUUAUGGUUUCUUUUUAUAAUAUAAAAUUUAUAUAUAUUUUCUUGCAAACAUGGUAUAAUGUAAAUCUACGAAUACAGGUUUUCGCCAUAUGUAUGUAAUAAAAUAAUAAUUAAAUUAUAUAGAACAGAUCAUGCAGAUUUAAAAUUGUAUUUGUAUAUUUUUAGCUUUAGCCAAAUGGACAAAACAGACAACUUAUUUGUCUGUCUGUCCCAUCAUGAAUUUGCAGAUGGUAAGAAAGUACAGGAAAAUAUAUGAUUAAAAUGGUAACUCCCACAUAUAGGUAUAGAGGAACAAGUUUAUUUUUUCUACUAAUCUUGACCAAAUUUUAUAAGCUUUUAUUGAAAACAUAAUUUCAUACAACUUCAGAAUGGAGGAGGUUCUCGAUUCAACUAUAUUUUGUGUAUUUAAUUGUGAAUUGGUUCCGAUGAUUCUUUUUUUAAUUGAAAGUGUACCUCCCAUAUUGGUCUCAUACUAGUUUUGUCAAGAUUAAAGACUGUUUUUUAUUUAUGGAACAAAAUCAUGGGUUAUUAAAAAAAACAAUUAAAAAUAUGUAUUAAUAAACGUUUUGAUUAUAUAAUUAUUUUGGACAAAUCUUAUGACAAAUAUGUAAAAUAUGCCUCAAAACCCUAUUACAACAUAUCUUUGGGUGAUUUCCUUAAACGUUGCACAGACAAAUUGUUAUUAUAUAUAUAUACUAUUGAAUUGAGAUUUUGUAUUUAGUUGCAAGUUUUAAUUUCCUAACUGAUUCAUUAUAAACGAUAUUUGAUUUUGUCCAUGCCUUAAAAUCAUUGAUGUACUAUAAAUUUGAUAAAAUAAACACAAGAAAACGCGUGUGGAACGUGUACUUGGAAUAAAUUAUACUGUAAAGAAUAAAUCAUUCCUCUAAAUGUAGCCUUUCUUUUAAAGUACAAGGUCCGUUGUACACAAACUCUGCUGGUUAAUUUUCGAAAGCGGCUUUUGGGCUCGGACUUUGCGCGUGAUUGGGAGUCUAUUAUUUAUCGUACAUCGAUGUCGAUAAUUACAUAUAAUUUAAUGAAUUUAGAUGUAAAUUAUGUUUUGUUUAAAUGUAGUAAUUUAUAAUAACGAUUAUGUAUUUAAUGUUAAACUGAUUAGUUUUACGGCCAAAAUGUCAUAUGGCUGUGUAACAUUUCUUAAUUUAACAAUAUUGGACUUAGUAUCGUUUGCGCAUUUUUUUUAUUAUAUAACUUUAAUAUUUAAAAAUAUUUCAAUUUCGCUAGUUUUAAUAAUAGUUAUUUUCUAAACUUGAGCUUAUAGACGCUUUAAAUAUGUAUAUGCUAAUUGAAGUCUGUUCUUUUUCUAUUAAAAUAAUAUCAAAAUUAAAAUUAUGAGAUGAUGUAUGACUAUUGCCACAGUGGUGAACGUAACAUUUGAUAUGUUCAUAUUUCAACGAGCAUAUUUGCUAGCAAAUUUACUAUUAAAAUAUUUGGCUAGUAUUAGCAUUGAAAUACCACUCCUAAGCAACUAAUCCGAGAUAUAAAUUUUAGUGUAAACAUUCCAAAAAAAAGGGAGGCAAUGUAAAUAUUAUAAAUCACACAUUUACAACCUUGGAAGUUAGUGGAUUUCAAUUUGUAAUUCAUAUUGAAUUUUCAUAACUAUAUAGGUGUGUUCAAUUAUAUCGUUUCAUUAUAGUACUUGGAUCACAUUAUAAACCUUGAUAAUACCAAGUGUGACUCCUCUUGCCCUGUGUGCUGAUUCAAUUUACCCCAUAAAUGCACAAGACUUCAAUUUUAGUGUUUAUAUCAUUGUAUAAAAAUAGCUUAAGACAAAUCUAUUAAGCAUAGUUAAUUAACUAGUCAUUGGACUAAACAGCUUGAGAAACGGAUCAUUGAGAAGUGCUUACAAUACGUUUUACCUUCAAAUACUACAUUUCACUACAUGACUGUCUCUUGUUAGUACACAAUAAGUAGGUAUUAUUGUAUCUGGGCCUAGUUAAUGUAAAUUAUUUACCAUACCGUCCUUACCCAGAUAAUGGUAAGCGAAGGCAUGUAGUUUAUCUAAAUGUUUACUGUUUUAUAACGAUUAAGUCAUGUUAUGAACUUAUUAUAAUUAACAAUAAAUAUAGUUUCUGACGAUA